CACAACUGGAAAAUUUUCCUUAUAUUUUAUUCAGCUCAUAUUUGUACAUUCUUUUUCUUUCAAAUGUCUUUGGAACUUACAGAACUCGUUAAGCGUCCAGGUGCUGGUAAGGCUGGUAAGCCUGUUCGCGUCAGAGCAAACUUCUUUGAAGUCACCACUUUCCCUACUCAAAACAUCCACCACUAUGAUGUAACUAUUGAUCCCCCUAGUGCUCCCCCAGUCUUGUACCGUAAGAUUUGGAAGUCUUUUGAAGACGUCAACGGUCAAGGUAUCCUUACUGGUAUCAAGGCUGUCUUUGAUGGUCGCAAGAACGUCUUCUCCCCUAAGCCCCUUCCUUUGGGUGAAGAACAAGCUAAGCAAUUCGAAGUUGAACUCCAAGAAGGUAGCGCUGGUUCCAAGCGUUCUUCUGGUACUUUCAAGAUUCGUAUCAAGAAGGCUGGUGAAGUCAAUAUGGAAGAACUUCGUCUCUUCUUGACUGGUCAAUCUGCCUGUACUUCCAACUGUCUUACUGCCAUCAUGGUUCUUGAUGUCCUUAUCAGACACGUUCCCUCUACUCUCCACACCACUGUUGGUCGUUCUUUCUUCACUCCCAAUGACAAGAAGCCUUUGCCCAACGGUGCUGAAGUCUGGCAAGGUUACUACCAAUCUGCUCGUCCCACUAUCGGUAAGAUGAUGAUCAACAUCGAUGUAAGUGCUACUGCCUUCUAUGAAUCCGGUCCUUUGCCUGAAGUUGUUGCCAAGAUCUUGGGUCGUCGUUCGCUUGAUGAACUUAGACGUGGUAUUCCUCAUCGUGAAAUGACCAAGCUUGAAAAGAUUCUUAAGACUUUUAGAAUCCAAGUUGUUCACCGCGGUGAAAAGAAGCUCAAGUACAAGAUCAACAAGUUGACCCCUUCUUCUGCCGACAAGACCUCCUUCAAAGACGUAUCUGGUGCUGAAAUCAGUGUCGCCAACUACUUCGCCAAGCAAUACAACAAGCGCUUGAACUUCCCCUUCUUGCCUUGUGUUGUUGUUAAGAAGGAUAUCUUCUUGCCUAUGGAGGUCUGUGAAGUCAUCCCUGGUCAACGUCACCAAAAGAAGUUGAACGAAAAACAAACCGCUGAAAUGAUCAAGUUUACUUGUCAAAAGCCUAAUGUUCGUGCCAACAAGAUUAAUCAAGGUGUUUCUCUCUUGCAAUACCGUGAUAAUCCAUACAUGCAACAAUUCGGUAUGUCCGUCAAGCCUGAAAUGGCCGUCGUCAAUGCUCGUGUCUUGCCUACUCCCAAGAUCUCUUACCACCAAUCUUCUCAAGAAGCUGAAUUUGCUCCUCAAGGUGGUGCUUGGAACUUGAGAGGUAAGAAGGUCGCUCAAGGUGCCAAUCUUGGUUCUUGGUCCGUUGUCAACUUUGCUGGUAACGUUCCCAUGCCUGCUCUCCAAAGAUUCGUUCGCGAAUUGUGUCAAACUUUCGUCGAUACUGGUUUGAAUGUUAUUAAUCGUCAACCUCCUAUUAUGUCUGCCGAUCCUCAAGGUAACAUUGAUCGUACUUUGAAGGAAGCCUGGUUGAAGGCUGGUAACGCUGCCAAGGCUAACCCUCAACUCAUUGUCUGUAUCUUGCCCAACACUGGUGUUCCUCUCUACGCUGAAAUCAAGAGAAUCUCUGAUACUGUUAUUGGUGUCCCUACUCAAUGUCUCCAAUCUAAGCACGUCGCUGAUGCUAAGAAGCAAUACUGUGCCAACGUCUGUUUGAAGGUCAACAUGAAGUUGGGUGGUAUGAAUUUGUUCUUGAGCUCUCCCCAAAUCCCCUUCAUUGCUCAACGUCCUACUAUCAUUCUUGGUGCCGAUGUCACUCACCCUGCUCCUGGUGACAUGAACCGUCCUUCUAUUGCUGCUCUUUCCGCCUCUAUGGAUGCUCGUGCCUCUAGAUACUCUUCUGCUAUCCGUGUUCAAGCCAACCGUACUGAAAUCAUUUCUGAUUUGGCUAACAUGAUCAAGGAAGUGCUUAAAAACUUCUACCAAUCUUGUGGUCAAAAGCCCGAACGUAUUUUAUUUUACCGUGAUGGUGUCUCUGAAGGUCAAUUCAAGCAAGUCAUGGACUCUGAAGUCGCUGCUAUCCGUGCUGCCUGUGCGUCUUUGGACAAGAACUACAAGCCUACCAUUACUUUCGUUGUCGUUCAAAAGCGUCACCACGCCCGUUUCUUCCCUAUUGAACAACGUGAUGCUGAUCGUACUGGUAACUGUCAACCUGGUACCGUUGUCGAUACCGACAUCGUCCACCCCUUCGAAUUCGACUUCUACCUUCAAUCUCACGCUGGUCUUCAAGGUACUUCUCGUCCUACUCACUACCAUGUUCUCUACGAUGAAAACAAGUUUACUUCCGAUUCUCUUCAAGAAUUGACCUACCGUCUCUGUUACAUCUACAGUCGUGCCACCCGUGCUGUCUCCCUCGUUCCUGCUGCUUACUAUGCCGAUUUGGUUGCUGCUCGUGCUCGCUUCCAUCGUCGUGGUGAAAACUGGUCUGACACCGAUGCUACCUCUGAAUCUCUUGACCCCGAAGCUCAAAUGGCUUCUUUUGCUGUCGUUAAGCCCGAAUUGCAAAAGGUCAUGUACUUCAUGUAAAUAGCUCAACAUAAUUGCAUAAUAAACAACAAAUAUUGUGAAAUGAUA